UCGGAAAGAGGUCUGUCACAUUCACUCUCCACUACAAGUCUGAGUAGGAAGAAAGUGGUGGUGAAGGUUAUUUUAAGCGCAAAGUCUCUCCUUCAACAAUAUGCAGCUGCGGCAGGUUGUGAAACAGUACCCCAGGCAUAGCAGCCUAAGCCCAGUGGGAACAGCGUCACUCCUCCUGGCAUAUUAACCAGCGUCCACUGUAAGCGCCAAACACACCGCGACGGAGGACGUCAGGCUCGCAUCCCGUCCUCAGAGCGAAAUGCUCCGCGUACCGGAUCUCACUCACGCUAUCCUCCCGGAUUCCGUCCGGCGUUUCGGCGAGGGGACAUUCACACGCAGAGGCAUACAAGCGGGAUAAAGAACUCAUCGAUGAAGUAGGGAGGUUAAAUUCAGAAAAAAGCCACAAAAAAAAAGUGGAAAGACCUAUCACUCACCGCCCCCCGUCUGUACGUAGAGGAUGCAAGAGGAGUCAGCACAAAGACGCAACAUCUGCAACUUCUGGAUUUACUUGUAAAGACGAUUUUUUUUUUUUUUUUUUUUUUUUUUUUUUGGAGGUCGCGGAAUUGUAAGUAAACAUGCCUGUGAGAAGAGGUCACGUUGCGCCACAAAACACGUUCCUUGGAUUAAUCAUCCGGAAAUUCGAGGGUCAGAAUCGCAAAUUUGUCAUAGCCAAUGCGAGGGUGGAGAACUGUGCGAUUAUAUACUGUAACGAUGGUUUCUGUGAGAUGACGGGCUUCUCAAGACCAGACAUCAUGCAGAAGCCCUGUACCUGUGACUUUCUCCAUGGGGACCUCACCGACAAGGAGGCGAUCAACCAGGUGGCGCAGGCUGUGCUUGGCUCCGAAGAGCGCAAGGUGGAGAUCACCUACCACCGGAAGGAUGGGUCUGACUUUCAGUGUACUACUCACAUAAUCCCAGUCAAGAAUGAAGAAGGAGUUGUGAUGAUGUUUAUUUUAAAUUUUGAUUACGUUGUGGAUGAAGGAAGUGACCACUCCACAGAGAACAUAAGCCCUGCAUCCCCUACAAAGUCAGAUCAAAGAAGGAGCAGAUUCUUUCGCUUCCGUCAGGUCGCCUUGAGCCUGAUGAAUACCAACAAGCAAUCUCUUCCACAAGAGGACCCAGACGCCGUAAUGGUGGAUUCUCCCAAAGAAGAUGAGGACUCGGUGGCAUUGGAGAGCUUUCCUUCACCCACAAAGAGCAUUUGCAGUCCUACUGAGGCCAAUGACACGCGUGCCCUCAUAAGUUCUAGCCACCACUCUUCCCAGGCUAGCAUCGGCCCUGAACCACUUGAUCAUUCAUCCCUCAAGGUCCCGUGGGACAAGCUGUACCAGACAGAGCCUCACCAGUCCUCCACCUCCCUGUCAAACACCUUCCCCAGAGGCAGCACCGGCAGCAUGAGGAGAGCCUCAUCCAUCCAUGAAAUUGAGGGUUAUAGCUCCAAUUCAAAAAGUGUAUUCAGGGACCGACAUACAAGUGAAGGCCCUUUCAACCAUGUGAAGUCCAGUCUGCUCGGCUCUACCUCUGAUUCAAACAUCAACAAGUACAGCACCAUCAACAAGAUCCCGCUGAUUGCACUCAACUUCACAGAGGGCACUGAUAAGAAAGCUCAUUCUCCCCCAACCUCAGAGAAAGCCAUCAUAGCACCAAAAGUCAAAGACAGAACUCACAACGUCACAGAAAAAGUUACACAGGUUCUUUCCCUUGGAGCUGAUGUACUUCCAGAGUACAAGCUGCAGGCGCCUCGCAUUGAUAAGUUCACCAUCCUCCACUACAGCCCCUUUAAGGCAGUAUGGGACUGGCUGAUCCUGCUGCUGGUCAUCUACACAGCAAUCCUCACUCCUUACUCUGCUGCUUUCCUGCUCAAUGACCAGGAGGAGCAGAGGAGACGUGAAUGUGGCUACUCGUGCAGCCCUCUCAAUGUUGUGGAUUUGAUGGUGGACAUCAUGUUCAUUAUUGACAUCCUCAUAAACUUCAGGACCACCUACGUUAACCACAACGAGGAAGUGGUUAGCCAUCCAGCUAAGAUAGCGAUCCAUUACUUCAAAGGCUGGUUCCUCAUCGAUAUGGUUGCAGCGAUCCCCUUUGAUCUUCUGAUCUUUGGCUCGGGAUCGGAUGAGACAACCACUCUCAUUGGCCUGCUAAAGACAGCCAGGCUCCUACGAUUGGUGCGUGUCGCAAGAAAGCUGGACCGUUACUCUGAGUACGGAGCUGCUGUUCUGAUGUUGCUCAUGUGUAUCUUUGCCCUAAUUGCCCACUGGCUGGCCUGCAUAUGGUAUGCUAUCGGCAAUGUGGAGAAGCCCUACCUACAGCACAAGAUUGGCUGGCUCGACAAUUUGGCAUUGUCCAUAGGGAAGAGAUACAACUACAGCGAUCCUAACUCUGGUCCCUCCAUCAAGGACAAGUACGUCACCGCCCUUUACUUCACUUUCAGCAGUCUCACAAGUGUGGGCUUUGGGAAUGUUUCCCCCAACACCAACUCAGAGAAGAUCUUUUCCAUAUGCGUCAUGUUAAUUGGUUCCCUCAUGUAUGCCAGUAUUUUUGGAAACGUCUCUGCCAUCAUCCAGAGACUGUACUCUGGGACAGCCCGCUACCAUGCUCAAAUGUUACGGGUCAAGGAGUUUAUCCGCUUUCACCAGAUCCCAAACCCUCUCAGGCAACGGCUGGAAGAGUACUUCCAGCACUCAUGGACCUACACCAAUGGCAUCGACAUGAACACGGAGGUGUUAAAAGGUUUUCCUGAAUGCCUGCAGGCAGAUAUCUGCCUCCACCUUAACAAAAAUCUUCUAGAGAACUGUAAAGCUUUUCAAGGGGCAACCAAAGGGUGCUUGAGGGCCUUGGCCAUGCGCUUCAGAACCACUCAUGCUCCUCCUGGAGACACUCUGGUCCACAGCGGCGAUGUUCUAACGGCUCUCUACUUUCUGUCCCGUGGCUCAAUUGAGAUACUAAAGGAUGACAUUGUGGUGGCCAUUUUAGGAAAAAAUGAUAUAUUUGGAGAAAUGAUCCAUCGUUACACCACACCUGGGAAGUCCAACGCAGACGUGCGCGCUCUGUGUUACUGCGACCUGAGUACCAUUCAGAGAGAAGACCUGCUGGAGGUGCUGGAUAUGUACCCAGAAUUCUCGGACUAUUUCUUCAACAACCUGGAGCUUACCUUCAACCUCAGAGACGAUCCAACAAAGUCUCCUGGUGCCCAAGAGGAUGAUCCAGAUCCUGAUGAUAAUAGAAGCAUGAAAAGAAGAAUCUCGUUCACCCCAGAUAUACCUACAGAGGAAAACAAGGAAGCAGAUAAAGAUAUUCAAAAUGAGAGAGGCUCUAACUCCUGCCUGAAAAGGUGCUCAGUGGCCCUGGGUUCUUCCUCACUCAGUGUUCCAGUGCUGGACUCAGACCUUAUUGUGAGAGACGCCAUAGACAGAAAACCCUCUAUAGAAGAUCUCCGCUGUGAUAAAUGGGCCUGUAAGAAGCCUGAGGACUACCUGGAUGAGUCAGCACAGAUCCAGGACCUGAGAGAGGACGAUAACUCUGCCAGCGAAAUCACAUACGGCGAGGUGGAACAUCGCUUAGGUCAGCUUCAGGAGCACUUAAACAGGUUGGAGUCGCACUUGAUAUCAGAUAUUCAAACCAUCCUGCAGAUGCUGCAGAGACAGCCGACUCUAGGACCCCCCGCCUACAGCACUGUGACAGCCAGUCCAGAAUAUCAAAGAUCCGCUGUGAAGGUUCAGCCAGUUGCUCUGUCUGCAAGCCAUUUAUUCAGCCAUACAGACACUCAAGGCCCCAGCCAAAAACUGGAGAGCACCAUUCAGGAAUCCAAAGACUCAGUGUCCAGCGCGGCCGCUGUGAAUGCACCCAUAGAGGACAGCCUUACAGCAUUUUUUCAACAAAGACAUGCAGAUAUGCAUCAGCAACAACAACAACAACAACAACAAAUCCCAGCACAUCAACAGCCAGCGCUGAUCCCUCUUCCAACUCAAACCUCAUCUGCCUCCUGCUCUUCUGCGCUGCCCUCCGGCCCUGACCACACCUCAGAAAGACACCACAGACAUGUCUCAGACUUUGAGGUUCCCAGGACAUGAAUUCUCUGCAGCACCAUAUGAUAUUAUUGGAAUUAUUAUGCUGUAAUUAAUAAGUAGCACUCUUUUCUUUGUUUGUUUUAUCAGCAUGCUGGCACAGGCAUCUGCAUCUUAAAGUGGCUAUGUUAAAGAAAGGAGAAUAUAUUUCAUGGUGCAUGUGGUGAAAAUGUUCUUUUCCCCCUCUCUUUCUGUCCUUUUGGAAGAAGGAAACUAACAAGAGUUGCAUAUUUUGGCACUUUUUAAGAAAGAUAUUUAAACGUGAACUCAUUUUAUC